AUGACCUGUCACAAGAAUAGAACUGAUCAAGCAUGCCGCUUUAGCUUUCCAAAGAAGGUAUCUGAAACGACCAAAUUAUCAGGCCCUGAAGAAUCUAUACGAAAUAAAGGACGAUGCUUCGUAUUCAAGCGUACUCAAGCAGAAAUAAAUGUCAAUACCUACAAACCUAAGUUACUCAGAGUUUGGGAAGGAAAUAUGGACAUACAAACUUGUGGAAAUGUUAUUGCUCUCGCCUAUUACAUUCCUAAAUACAUUUCGAAGAGUAAACCUGCCGGUGGAGAUCACGUUGUCAGAGAAGCUGUUCAGAGAGCUAAAUCUUACGGUGGGGGUAUUGGCAGGCAGCUUUAUGCUGUUUCAAAUGCAAUACUUAAUCAGAGACAUGUGUCGGCUUCAGAAUGUGCCUUUAGGUUAUGUCACUUGAAAUUGAGAAAUAGUACCAGAAAGGAGGACGAAGAUGAUGGUGAUCCGGAAGUUUAUGAUACUGGUGAACCACAGCUGAGAAUUCGGUAUAUUACUCUCAAAAAUGGAAUGCGAAUGCAGAAACGUUCACGAGCUGCUGUAUUGAGAACGCGAUAUGUUACUCUAAUUGGUGAUAGGGAAGGCUAUUUUUAUAACUAUCUAGUAGUUCACGUGCCCUCCAGAAACGAAGGCGAGGUGUUAGAAGAAUAUGAAAGUGCUGAAGAAGAAUUUAUUGCACAGCAGCAUUUACUACGACCUUUGCAACCGGGACAAAAUAUUCAAGAGUUCCGGAAUAUUGAACAAGAGCUACAGACAGUUCUGAGACAGAUCGCAGCACUAGAUAUGCCCGAUGAACAGAAUGAUGAGAAUCAGCAAGGGCAUUCCUAUGAUGUUGUAAGGGGGAUGUUUGAUGAGUGCAACCCUGAGAUAGGUAAUAUAGAGAUUGCGGAUAACGAAGAUCCUGAAGACAGAGAUAUGUCGGAAGAUGACUAUCUACACAAUAUAAGGAGCAUGAACGUGGAACAGAGACGUUUAUUCACCACGAUUCGAGAUAGGAUACGUCAGGAGCUGAACAACGGAAAUGAUGAAAGUUCUGACAAUGAACCACUCAAAUUAUUUGUAACUGAAGGCCCCGGGUCAGGGAAGACGUUUUUAUUGAAGAUGAUUGUUGAGCUAAUUAAACGUGGUUAUGCUCCUCCACUAGAUCCAAUGUUGAAAACCUGUUUUGUUGAAGUUGCGGCACUCACCGGCGUAGCAGCUCGUUUGGUGAACGGCCAUACACUGCCCUCAACAUUUGCCUUCCAGAUUGAGAAAGGAAAAGCUGCUGUAUAUCGUCAAAUGACCGAUCAACGACUAGAAGAGGGUCGACGUCGCUGGCGGCAUAUACAUUGGCUCAUCAUCGAUGAGGUUUCGAUGGUUUCAUAUGAAAUAUUACGGGCUGUCCAUUUACGUCUCCAAGAACUGAAGAAUAACACUUCACUAUUUGGAGGAAUUAAUAUCCUUCUGUUUGCAGAUAUAAUGCAAUUGCCACCAGUCCGAGGCCACUGGUGCUUCGAGAAAUGGUCACAUUUAACAGCUGAACCACAUGUAUGGCGAUUUAUUGGAUUAUGUGGACUAACAACAAAUAUGCGACAACGAGGUGACACGGAUUUCAUAUGUUUGCUCAACAAUUUGCGAGUGGGUGAAUUCCUCAUGCCUCAAUAUGAAAUCUUAUUGAAGCAAACAGGCCUUCCAGAAGUCAAUGAUUUUGCUGAUGAUAAAGCUGUUCGUAUUUUCCCCACUCUGAAACUUGUCGAUGGAUAUAAUGAUAAAAUGAUUGCCAAAUUGAGUGAGCGUGAAGGAAUGUACGUAUGCAAUGCCAGAGACGAGUCCCGCGAACCUGGAACAUAUGGCCAAACCCCAAAUCGUCUCAAUUGA